AUUGUGUAGGGGAGCGCGGAGCUGCAUUUGUCUGCUCGAGGUGCUAGCCAGGCAGGCGCAGCCGUGGCCGGCUAGGGCUGGAAGUGUCAGCGGCGGCCGCGGGCCCGGCAGAAGGCCGAGUAGGAGGGACCACGCGCCGGGGGCCGCGAUCUCUGGCAGGGGGCGGUGUGCCAGCGGAGCACCAUGCACAUAGGCGCCCAGCGCCCCGACUACCCCUCCCGAGGAAAAGAGGCCGGGGCCGCGCUGGGGCGGCGGAGAGCAUGAGGGAGGCCCGGGGGCGGCUCGGCUUGGAGCGCUGCUAGGGAGCGGUGCGUGCCGCACACCCGCCUGGGCGCGGCGGAGGGCGAGGAGCCGGGCAGGUCGCGCCUGCGGGCGGCAGCCGACCGCCGGGAGCUGUUCUGAUUUCCGACGCGCACGCUAGGGGCCCGGAGCAGCCCCCGGCCCCGGCGCGCCGCCGACAUGGGCAACGCGGGGAGCAUGGAUUCGCAGCAGACCGAUUUCAGGGCGCACAACGUGCCUUUGAAGCUGCCGAUGCCCGAGCCAGGUGAACUGGAGGAGCGAUUUGCCAUCGUGCUGAAUGCCAUGAACCUACCUCCUGACAAAGCCAGGUUACUGCGGCAGUAUGACAAUGAGAAAAAAUGGGAACUGAUUUGUGAUCAGGAACGAUUCCAGGUGAAGAAUCCUCCCCAUACAUACAUUCAAAAGCUCAAAGGCUAUCUGGAUCCAGCUGUAACCAGGAAGAAAUUCAGACGGCGUGUUCAAGAAUCUACACAAGUGCUACGAGAACUGGAAAUUUCUUUAAGAACCAACCACAUUGGAUGGGUCAGAGAAUUUCUGAAUGAAGAAAACAAAGGUCUUGAUGUUCUAGUGGAAUAUCUCUCAUUUGCACAGUACGCAGUAACUUUUGACUUUGAAAGUGUGGAGAGUACUGUGGAGAGCUCGGUGGACAAAUCAAAGCCCUGGAGUAGGUCCAUCGAGGACUUGCACAGAGGGAGCAACCUGCCCUCACCUGUGGGCAACAGUGUCUCCCGCUCUGGAAGACAUUCUGCACUGCGAUAUAAUACAUUGCCAAGCAGAAGAACUCUGAAAAAUUCAAGAUUAGUGAGUAAGAAAGAUGAUGUGCAUGUCUGUAUCAUGUGUUUACGUGCCAUCAUGAAUUAUCAGUAUGGUUUCAACAUGGUCAUGUCUCAUCCACACGCUGUCAAUGAGAUUGCACUAAGCUUGAACAACAAGAAUCCCAGAACAAAAGCCCUUGUCUUAGAACUGUUGGCAGCCGUUUGUCUUGUCAGAGGCGGGCAUGAAAUCAUUUUAUCAGCAUUUGAUAACUUUAAAGAGGUUUGCGGAGAAAAACAGCGCUUUGAGAAGUUGAUGGAACAUUUCAGGAAUGAAGACAAUAACAUAGAUUUUAUGGUGGCUUCUAUGCAGUUUAUUAAUAUUGUAGUCCAUUCAGUAGAAGAUAUGAAUUUCAGAGUUCACCUGCAGUAUGAAUUUACCAAAUUAGGCCUGGAUGAAUACUUGGACAAGCUGAAACACACUGAGAGUGACAAGCUUCAAGUCCAGAUCCAGGCUUACCUGGACAAUGUUUUUGAUGUAGGAGCUCUACUGGAAGAUGCUGAAACUAAGAAUGCUGCCUUGGAGAGGGUGGAAGAACUGGAAGAAAACAUUUCUCAUUUAUCUGAAAAACUGCAAGACACAGAGAAUGAAGCCAUGUCCAAGAUUGUGGAACUGGAAAAGCAACUCAUGCAGAGGAACAAGGAGCUGGAUGUCGUUCGGGAAAUCUACAAAGAUGCAAAUACUCAAGUUCACACGUUAAGAAAAAUGGUCAAAGAAAAAGAAGAAGCAAUUCAAAGACAGUCUACCCUGGAAAAAAAGAUUCAUGAACUGGAGAAACAAGGGACCAUUAAAAUUCAGAAGAAAGGGGAUGGGGAUAUCGCCAUACUGCCAGUUGUGGCUUCUGGCACAUUGUCCAUGGGGUCAGAAGUGGUAGCAGGUAACUCUGUGGGACCCACAACAGGGGCCACUUCCUCAGGACCCUUGCCCCCUCCUCCACCACCACUGCCUCCCUCAUCAGACACACCUGAAACAGUGCAAAAUGGUCCAGUAACACCACCUAUGCCACCGCCGCCGCCGCCACCCCCUCCUCCACCUCCUCCUCCUCCACCGCCCCCUCCUCCUCCUCCUCUCCCAGGCCCUGCAGCUGAGACUGUACCAGCUCCUCCCUUAGCACCUCCCCUUCCCUCUGCACCUCCGCUGCCUGGAACAUCUUCACCCACAGUGGUUUUCAACUCAGGAUUAGCAGAUGGGCCAAUCAAGCUUUUCUCUGUGAAAAUUAAGAAGCCAAUCAAGACGAAGUUCAGAAUGCCAGUGUUUAACUGGGUUGCUCUGAAGCCCAAUCAGAUCAAUGGCACAGUCUUCAAUGAAAUUGAUGAUGAGCGAAUUCUGGAGGAUUUAAAUGUGGAUGAAUUUGAGGAAAUAUUCAAGACAAAAGCCCAAGGUCCUGCGAUUGAUCUUUCUUCAAGCAAACAGAAGAUACCACAGAAGGGAUCAAACAAAGUGACAUUACUAGAAGCAAACAGGGCCAAAAAUCUUGCCAUAACUUUAAGGAAAGCUGGAAAGACUGCUGAUGAAAUAUGUAAAGCUAUUCAUGUAUUUGACUUGAAGACACUGCCUGUAGACUUUGUGGAAUGCUUGAUGCGGUUCCUGCCAACUGAGAAUGAAGUGAAAGUGCUUCGGCUCUAUGAGCGGGAAAGGAAGCCUCUGGAAAACUUGUCAGAUGAAGAUCGGUUCAUGAUGCAGUUUAGUAAAAUCGAGAGGCUCAUGCAGAAGAUGACCAUCAUGGCCUUCAUUGGGAACUUUGCUGAAAGCAUUCAGAUGCUGACUCCUCAACUACAUGCGAUUAUAGCAGCAUCUGUCUCUAUAAAGUCGUCCCAGAAACUCAAGAAAAUUCUGGAGAUCAUCUUAGCCCUUGGAAACUACAUGAAUAGCAGUAAAAGAGGAGCAGUUUAUGGAUUUAAACUUCAGAGUUUAGAUCUGCUCUUAGAUACAAAGUCAACAGACAGAAAGCAAACACUGUUGCACUAUAUAUCCAAUGUGGUGAAAGAAAAAUAUCACCAAGUGUCCCUGUUUUAUAAUGAGCUUCAUUAUGUGGAAAAAGCUGCUGCAGUCUCCCUUGAGAAUGUUUUGCUGGAUGUCAAGGAGCUCCAGAGGGGAAUGGACUUGACCAAGAGAGAGUACACCAUGCAUGACCAUAACACGCUGCUGAAGGAGUUCAUCCUCAACAAUGAGGGGAAGCUGAAGAAGCUGCAGGAUGAUGCCAAGAUUGCACAGGAUGCCUUUGAUGAUGUUGUGAAGUAUUUUGGAGAAAACCCCAAGACAACACCACCCUCUGUCUUCUUUCCUGUCUUUGUCCGAUUUGUGAAAGCAUAUAAGCAAGCAGAAGAGGAAAAUGAGCUGAGGAAAAAGCAGGAACAAGCUCUCAUGGAAAAACUCUUAGAGCAAGAAGCUCUGAUGGAGCAGCAGGAUCCAAAGUCUCCUUCUCAUAAAUCAAAGAGGCAGCAGCAAGAGUUAAUUGCAGAAUUAAGAAGACGACAAGUUAAAGAUAACAGACAUGUAUAUGAGGGAAAAGAUGGUGCCAUUGAAGAUAUUAUCACAGCCUUAAAGAAGAAUAAUAUCACUAAAUUUCCAAAUGUUCACUCGAGGGUAAGGAUUUCUUCUAGCACACCGGUGGUGGAGGAUACACAGAGCUGAUCUUAGAAACCAACCAUACAGACGAGCCGAUGCGGUGAGGAGAAGCGUCAGGCGGCGCUUUGAUGAUCAGAACUUGCGUUCUGUUAAUGGUGCCGAAAUAACAAUGUGAACCUGAGACCGGCCUGCAUGAAUACAGGGUGUGCGUGAAUGAAACUGCCCACAUGAACUUUAUGUGCUACCAUUUAACUGCAGCCUUGAACACACAAAAAAAUAUUCUUAAGGGCUCAGAUUUAGCAAACACAAAAGAAUUUUAAAAUGAGCUCUCCUUUCAACCCUUGUUAACAAGUGCCUAAAAAUGGAAGUACCUGUUCAGAUUAAUCAAAGCAAUAGGAUUUGAUUUGAUUAGGUAUCUUUUUACACCAGUAUGUUAUUGUUUUUUUAACCAAAAUGUAAAGUUCUUAUUAAACUCAUUACCUGCCAUUGUGAUUGUCCCAUCAUGGCCCACCUGGUUUCCUGAUGUUGUAAAUAACAUCAAUGCAUCUGCUGUGGGUCCUUUGCUGAGAUGUCUUUGAAGGAAUUUUGUUUUAGCCAUAUCCAUCAACUUUGUAUUUUACUUGCAACUUGGAAGAAGGAAAAGUCACAUGAUGAAACUCCUUUUGUCUAUAACCAGGCCCUGGCAAAGUGCAAACAGGAUGCAAUUGCAGUGGCACAAAAGUCACUCAAUGCUUUGUUUCCAGUUUCACAUUCUGCUACUUCUGUGCUAGAGAAGGAUGCCCUGUGAGAGGCACUCACCGGUGUGAAUGUGGGGAUACAGUGUAGAAGACUUAUUUGCAGUACUGUGUUCUUCAGCUAGAGGCAGCUUUUUAAAUAAUGCAAGUGUAUUUAUUAGCAUUAAAAUUAACAUCUCAGUAAUCAGCAUUAGCAUUUCUGAGGACCAUUAUUAAUUCUGAGAACAGAAAUUGGUGCCUUGCAAGGAAGUUUACUAGCUCUAUCAACAAGCAUUCAAGGUUACAUCUGCUAGCAGAGUAGUGUUAGGAACCUGGCCUUAUUCUCCUCUGACAAUCGCAAUUUUUUCUUAUUUUUUGUAAAUUUGAGAAGAUACACUUGGCAUCGUGUAUCGAGGCUAACUUGUUCAUGCAUUUCCCAGACUGCUUAUGGAGAAUUGCAGUUUAAGUUGCUGAAAAGUAUUAACAUGGUAUGAAGCUUAAAUAAUACGUAAUGGGACUAGGCCUACUAAGCCACUGUUAUUUUUCCUUCCUCUCUGGCAGGGCACUUGAUCCAUUCCAAAGUCAAAAACUGGACUGAAGCUAAAUUUGUACUUUUCAUAAUAUACAUUCUGCUUCUGGCUUAUCUUCUUGGUACAUCAAUAUAUUAAUUGUAAAGUUUAUUGUAUAGUAUUUAACCGCUGAAGUUCCUAUUUUAUGUUGUGCUUAUGUGAACCCCUUGGUGAAGGUCCCUUUUCCUUGGAUGUGUAGUUAUAUGAUCUUUUUAAAUGUACAGAUAUUUUGCUAUAAAAUCGGUGCAGUUUUUUAUGGUUUUUACACUUCUCUUUAAUUCCCACCUAAGCCUCUGGGUAAUAUUGUAAAUAUUGUUUUAAAAUGCAUCAGCCUAUGCUAUACAAUCUGAAUGUUAUUUUAACUUAUAGUUUUUUUUUUAAUAUAUAUAUUUAACUACAAGGACAGUUUAGGGAACAAGUUACCUACCACAUUUCACUUUAGUGUACCUAUUUACAGAAAGAUUAAACUGCCACCUGCGGGCACAUUCCCAUAAAUGUGUACUUUAAAAAGAACAUGCCAAGAUUUUGUCUUUCUGUGGACUCAACAUUCACUUUGAUUAAAAAUAGCAAUUUGACCAAGUUGGACUUCCACUACAAAGCAGCUGUUUUCCAAAGUUCAAUGCUGACAUAUAUAUAUUAAAAUAAUUGCCUAUUUAUUAACCAUCUACAAACAGACAAUGUUGGCAUGUUCUUUUCUGUUUGUCUAUUAAUGGGCCUGCUUCUUAGCAAUAUUAGAAUGUUUUAUAAAAGCAAUUCAUGUUACUUUUCUGGUCUUUUCAUGGCAUAUGAGCAAAUAAACUAUUUACACUAC